AUGACAACUGCUUUAUACCCUCUCGCUUCUCUGUCGCAAAUAGAAAAUACACCAUCUCGCGAGGAUGGCAUUCCCGCUGAUCUCGAAGACGACUUGCGCGCGUACGGGUGCAAAUUAAUCCAACAAGCUGGGUUCUUACUCAAACAAAAACAGGUGGCGAUGGCUACUGCGCAGAUUCUCUUCCAGCGGUUCUGGUAUGUCUCGUCAAUGAAGAACUUUGGAAUUGCGGACGUCGGAAUGGGAGCUUUAUAUCUUGCCUCGAAAUUGGAAGAAUGUCCUGUCCGGAUGCGUGAUCUCAUCAAUGUUUACGAUCUGCUACUUCAACGAGCAGCUCAUCAAGCAAAGGUCAUAGCAAGCGAGGAAAAUGGUGGCCAUGUAGUUAUUCCUGAGUUCAAAUACACGCCUAUGAGCUACUUCGCUCAGUCCUUCUAUGACCUUAAAGAUGCGAUGGUUGUCGCUGAGAUGCAGUUACUUAAACGGCUCGGCUUCAAUGUGCUGGUAGUUCUCCCAUACGGUACACUAGUGAACUACCUUCGCGUGUUAAAUCUCGUAAACCGAGAGGAUGUAUCACAGAAGGCAUGGGGAUACCUCAAUGACGCCUUACAGACUCCAGUGUAUGCACUGUACCCUGUGCCGACAAUAGUGUGUGCAGCUAUCCUACUAACGACACGGAAUCUGCGCGUAUCCCUACCUUCUCAAUCUCCGGAUUGCUGGUGGGAGCUCUUUGAUGCCGAAUGGGAAGAUGUCUGGAGUGUUGCAGGGUACAUUAUGCGAUUGUAUCGCAGGCGAAGUCCCGAUGACACAGCACGGCCUUUGGGCCUGACGUCGAAAAGGGACGUCCGACGGUGGUUAGAAACGAAUGCACAGAGUAACGGGAAUUGA